AUGCGCGCCCCGGGCUGCGGGCGCCUGGCGCUGCCGCUGCUGCUCCUCGCGGCGGCCGCCUGGGCCCAGAGCGACGCCAAGGGGCUCCGGGAGGGCGAGACCCCCGGCAACUUCAUGGAGGACGAGCAAUGGCUGUCGUCCAUCUCGCAGUACAGCGGCAAGAUCAAGGACUGGAACCGCUUCCGAGACGACGAUUACAUCAAGAGCUGGGAGGACAGUCAGCAAGGAGAUGAAGCCCUGGACACCACCAAGGACCCCUGCCAGAAGGUCAAGUGCAGCCGCCACAAGGUGUGCGUCGCCCAGGGUUUCCAGCGGGCCAUGUGCAUCAGCCGCAAGAAGCUGGAGCACAGGAUCAAGCAGCCUGCCCUGAAACUCCAUGCAAACAAAGAGACCGCCUGCAAGCCCUGCCACAUGGCCCAGCUGGCCUCCGUCUGCGGCUCUGACGGCCACACGUACAGCUCCGUGUGUAAGCUGGAGCAGCAGGCCUGCCUGAGCAGCAAGCAGCUGGCGGUGAGAUGCGAGGGCCCCUGCCCCUGCCCCACGGAGCAGGCUGCCAGCUCCACCACGGAUGGCAAAGCAGAGACCUGCACGGGCCAGGACCUGGCCGACCUGGGGGAUCGCCUGCGGGACUGGUUCCAGCUCCUCCACGAGAACGCCAAGCAGAACAGCUCAGCCAGCGGCGGAGGCGGCCCGGCCGGCGGCCUGGACAAGGUCCUGGGGGCCAGCUGUAAGGACUCCAUCGGCUGGAUGUUCUCCAAACUGGACACCAGCGCUGACCUCUUCCUGGACCAGAUGGAGCUGGCGGCCAUCAACCUGGACAAGUACGAGGUCUGCAUCCGCCCUUUCUUCAACUCCUGCGACACCUACAAGGACGGCCAUGUCUCCACCGCCGAGUGGUGCCUCUGCUUCUGGCGGGAAAAGCCCCCCUGCCUGGCGGAGCUGGAGCGCAUCCAGAUCCAGGAGGCCGCCAAGAAGAAGCCAGGGGUCUUCAUCCCGAGCUGCGACGAGGACGGCUACUACCGCAAGAUGCAGUGCGAGCGGAGCGGCGGCGACUGCUGGUGCGUGGACCCGCUGGGCCAGGAGCUGAGCGGCACCCGCACGCGCGGCAGCCCCGACUGCGACGACGUGGUGGGCUUCUCGGGGGACUUUGGGAGCGGCGUCGGCUGGGAGGACGAGGAGGAGAAGGAGCCGGAGGAGGCCGGCGAGGAGGCGGAGGCCGAGGAGGAGGAGGGCGAGGCGGGCGAGGCGGACGACGGAGGCUACAUCUGGUAG